AUUGGUUGGAUGACUUCGUUAGAACAGCCCCGUUUUCCUCUCGACAGGCACGAAGAAGGGAGUGGCAUGCCCGAGGUGGAAUUUCACUUCCUGUUUCUCAGGUGAGUCAGGUAAUGUCGUCGACUCACUGAAGUUUUCGACAGAGCCGCUGGAGUAUCGAUUGCUGAGCUGAAAGACCGACGAGUGGUGCGCUUUGGAGAAGGUGACCAGUUUGAGGAGAUCUUUUGAGGAGAUAGUGGACUUUUACAAUGUAUUCGCUCUUGAGGCGCUUGGGAGUUUGGUCGUUUCUGCUUGUGUUUUUACCAGAUCUGUGCGCUGCCCAGGCUACAGGUGAACAAUGCUUAGCUCAAUUCAAGAAGGGCCGGGAUGAUUUUGUUCUCGAUGCCGAUGAGUCUGUGAAAGAUGGAGCCACUUACCUCUCCUCACCAAAACUAACGAGCUACAAGGACUGUGUAGCUGCCUGCUGCAAAGACUCCAUGUGCAAUGUAGCCUUCAUGGACAAGGGAGACGAGGAGGGCCUGGUCAAGUCCUGCUUUUUAUUCGACUGUUUGUAUAAAACGAAAUACGUGUGCCGCUUUGUCCGAAAGAAGGGUUACAUCAACUACAUUCUGGACAGUAUGUAUGAGAGCCAUCUGCAACGGGAGGUCCCUCCAGAUGAUUCAGAUCUUCCACCUGUAGCCAAUGGUGGCUUGGAUCUUGUUGUUCAACCUCAGGACAGUGUGACACUGAAUGGCAUUGAGAGCAAAGACGAUAAGAAGAUCAUCAAAUAUGAGUGGUCCCUGCUGUCUCCGUACCCUUAUGCUAUAAUAGAGAAAACCAAUUUUGAGGACCAGAUCAUUGUGUCAAACCUGACUUCAGGAGUGUACAAGUUUCGACUGACUGUUACGGAUACUGCUGGUCAGGCUGCCUCGACCCAAGUCACUGUACUGGUCUUAUCUCCUGAACAAUCUGAACACCACUGUAUGGCUCCAAAGAAGGUGGGGCCCUGCCGUGGAUCUUUCCCUCGUUGGCAUUACAAUGCUGCUUCAGAAAAGUGUGAGAAGUUCACCUUUGGAGGCUGCAGGGAGAACCGCAACAAUUACUUGAGCAAGGACGAAUGCACCAAAGCCUGCUCUGGCACAGAGAAGCUUGACAAAACUGGCCGAGGUUUGCCACUGGAUCCUUCUGGAGGUGAGCAGUGUGGUCAACCUUGUACUGGAGGACAGUUUAAAUGUGCAAACGACUGCUGUAUAGAGAAUGACCUGGAGUGUGAUGGGAGCCCACAAUGCAAAGAUGGCUCAGAUGAACAAAACUGUGAAGAGUUGGAUAAAAAUUUCAGCAUUCUCCUACAAAUCCCUCUAGAUGAAAAUAAAGUCCGGUGUACAGAGCCCCCUCGCACUGGAAACUGCAGAGACAGUUUCUCCAAGUGGUACUACAACCCUAUGAAGCAGGACUGCUUCCGCUUCAACUACGGUGGCUGCCAGGGGAAUGAAAACAGAUUUGACACAAAGGAACAGUGCAUGAAAAUGUGCAGAGGAGUAACAGAAAAAGACGUGUUUGAAAGGCGGUUUGAACCCAGGGUCUCUGAAAGUCAGACAGGAAUUAUUGCAAUAGCAGCUCUUCUGGGACUAGGCAUUUUCAUUCUUCUGUGCAUCAUGGUGUACUGCAUGGUCAAACGAAAGAAGAAGACUGUACAGCACCACCGCGUGCCUGUUAACACCAUCCCAGUCUCUUCAAUGGAGGACAGGGAUCAUUUGGUGUAUAACAGCACAACCAAACCCAUCUGACCCCCAGAGCAUGACCUUUGAACUCAGCCUUAGUGCUGGGUUCAACUCUAUACGGUUAAGAAUGAACUCAGAUUGAUGAGGAUUUAAUAGUUAAUGUUGUUUUAAUGCUCAAGGAGGAGUUCUGUCAUUAUUGCAUCAAUGCAUCAUACAGAUCCUUUUUUAAGAAAGCACACACAAAAGUGAGUUAACUUUUAAAUAUGUUUGAAUUGUGUAACUUGGCUUAAUGCAGUAGUGUAACAUUGGAUACGUUUUCGUCUCAGGUAAAAUGCAGAAUACAUGUUUAUGGUGUUACUUAAAUAAUUUAGUUAAGGACAAGUUUGUGUGUGCUUUUAGAAUUUCAAGCUACUGAGCUUUAAUGACGUCUUUGAUUUUGUCGCUUUGUUACACACUGCACUUGGCUAAACCUUUAUGUACAUAUUUUAGCAAAGUGAUAUUUUAUGUUUUUAAACUGUUGACAAAUGCCCAUUAUGCAAUGAACAAAAUGUUGUUGUUGUUUUUUUUCAUAUUAUAAGCUCACUUGUCACAAACUCCUUCAGACCUUCAAGCCUCUGUACAUAUGACCUUGUAGAUGUGGAACCAUUUGUAGUAAAUAAAAUAUUAACCACAA